CGCGGGCCCCGCGCAGUUCCCCUGUGCCCAGGACCCGCGGCACCGUGGCCAUGUCUCUGCCGGGGAGCAGACGCUCAUCCACCGGAUCACGAAGGCGCCCCUCGCCCCCCGGGAGGGACACCUACGGCACCUCCUCGCUGAGCAGCAGCAGCAAUUCUGGCUCCUACAAGGGCAGCGACAGCAGCCCCACCCCAAGGCGCUCGGCCAAAUACAACCUGUGCAGUGACAACCAUGGCAUCAAACCACCAACACCGGAGCAGUACCUGACCCCCCUGCAGCAGAAGGAGGUGUGCAUCCGGCACCUGAAGGCCCGCCUGAAGGACACGCAGGAGCGGCUGCAGGACAGGGAUGCUGAGAUCGAGGACCUGAAGACGCAGCUGUCGCGGAUGCAGGAGGACUGGAUCGAGGAGGAGUGCCACCGCGUGGAGGCCCAGCUGGCGCUGAAGGAGGCCCGCAAGGAGAUCAAGCAGCUGAAGCAAGUGAUCGACACGGUGAAGAACAACCUGCUGGAGAAGGACAAGGGACUGCAGAAGUACUUCGUCGACAUCAACAUCCAGAACAAGAAGCUGGAGACGCUGCUGCACAGCAUGGAGGUGGCGCAGAACGGCGCGGGGCUGAAGGAGGAGGGGGCCGCUGAGUCGGCGGGGGGGUCCCCGGCGCGAUCCCUCACCCGCAGCUCCACCUACACCAAGCUGAGCGACCAGGCGGGCGGCGAGCGCACCGUGGGCGGAUCGCAGACCAUCUCGGUGGACGAAGGGGCCGACAGCGGCUUCGCCGGGGGGGACGAAGCCCCCGGCCGCCCGGACUUGUUGGAAGGGGGGGAGCCCUGCGGGCGGCUGCCCCCCAGCUCCACCUACGAGAAGCUGCUGGGGCUGCGGGGCGGCGUGGAGGCGGGCGUGCAGGCCAGCUGCAUGCAGGAGCGCGCCAUCCAGACGGACUUUGCGCACUGCCAGCCCGACCUGGACACCCUCCUGGAGAAGGUGAUGAAAUCCCAAGCGUGCAGCUUGGGCAGCCCCACCUCCGUCUGGGUGUCCGAGAUGGAAGACGUGGCGCCGGGCUGCGAGAUGCCGAACCCCGCCGGGGGGAUGGACCUGGAGCCCGAGGACGGGGAGGUGCCGCGCAACCCCACUGUGCAGCAGCCCCCCAGCGCCGGCCCCUCGGUGGCCAUCGCCUGCGCGCCCGAGGAGGAUGCGACAGCGGAGCCGGGCUGCGACGGCGCUCCAUCCAAGAGCUAUUGGAGCCGCCACUUCAUCGUGGAUCUGCUGGCCGUGGUGGUGCCGGCCGUGCCCACGGUGGCGUGGCUGUGCCGCUCGCAGCGCCGCCAGGGCCAACCCAUCUACAACAUCAGCUCGCUGCUGCGCGGCUGCUGCACCGUGGCCCUGCACUCCAUCCGCAGGAUGGGCUGCCGCGCCGUCAGCAGCCCCAACCCCGGGGGCGGCGCGCAGCCCUGACCCCCCAUAACCCCCCCCCAUCCCCGCCCUGCACCCCGUGCUGCCCCCCAGCCCACCCCAUGGAGCCGACGGCUGAUUGUAGAGCCCCGCGCUGGGGGACGUGGCGCUCCGCCCGCUCUGCUCCU